UUGUAUGGACAGACGGACGGACAAACUGCCUGGAGCAAUACAAAAGGAUAGGCGUAUGUUGUGGACAGAUAGGCAAAGAGCCAGAGAGCGGUUUUGGACGGAGAGUGCCGUGUAUAAAAGCCUUGAUGGACUGGGUGUGUAGAGUAGUUAGAAGCUGACAGCAGUAGAAAUAAGACAUACACAAACUGGAUAUUUAGUCAAAGUGCAGAGUCAGUCGUCGCCAAUUUUGAAAGAAAACUUUAGUAAAAAUUUUUGUUCAAAAAGUGCCUAUACAAUAUAUUGCAGUCUUAUUGAGAGAAUUCAUAUAAAAAUGAUGAUACAGGAGAAACUCAUGUCGGGUCAAUUCCUAUUUGAUUUGAAAAAUGAACACAACAAUUUGUUGCAUUCAGCCACCGCACAGCACGCACGUCUCUCCGCACAUCAGUCCUUCCUUUCGCACCCGCAAACCUUCAAUCACAGCCUGCCGCUCACACAACAUGCGCUACACCAAACACACGGCGCUCUCCCAGCCGCCACAAUUGAGCAGCUCGAACUCUACUCCGCCUACGCUUACCAACAACAGGCACAGCUGAUUGGCAGCACUGCACAAGCGGAGUGCGCUAGCCGACACCAAUCAGCAAGCGAAGUGCUCGAUCUCUCACGGCGCGAUUGCGUUGAGGCUGCAACGGUACGUAAAACACCUUCGCCUUAUCAUACGAACUCGAGCAUCGGUGCCGAAUCGCCAGCGGGAUCACCAACACACAGCCAACAGCAGCAACAGCUGUUGCAAACAAAUUUGCUUUACAACGCUCAACAACAAAUGGGACGUCUUGCGCCACCGCUAGCGUCCUUCUAUCCAGCAUUUUAUUCCUCAAUCGGUCUCGCCAAAGAAGUCACUGCAGCAACCACGCCACCUCUGGCAGCAGCGGUAACACCACCAGCAUCCAACGCAUCGCUUUACACCGCACAUACACAGGCCUCACCAAUUUCCAACAAUUCGUUGGCUGUUGCGACCGCCGUUGCGGCUGCUGCCGCCGCUGCCAGUACAACGCCUAACAGCAUGCUACACAAACUCAAAACUGAACCAGAUGUGCACAUGACGCCACUCUCGCCCAGUUCCAGCCAUGAUGGACGCAGUAAAUCGCCCACAAUGCAGUCCGCCAACGUUGCCCCCAACAAUCCCACUACGCCAAACAGCAGCUCCGCAUUGAACCCGCUAAAGUCGACGCGCCCCUUCAAGGCCUUCCCACGCGAUCCAUUAGUUAUAGCCGCCAAUUUCGCCGCCACCGAUGUGCUAUUGGACAAUCCGCAUGUCGAACGCUAUUCGGUAUACCGUAAGCGCGUUUUGGAGCAAAUACACAGCAGCAAUGGUGGCGCGCGUACCAUCACCAAUCCAAAGAUGCGUCGCAUGAAUUCACGGCGCAACAGCAACACCAGUAGCAAUGCGCCGGAGGGCGCCAGCAGUGAGGGUGAGGAACGUCAUGGCGCUGGCCCGGAUGAGUCCAGCGAUUGUGACUCCUCGUACAAUGGCGGUAAAGCGGACAAAGUGAGUUCUUCAGCGCAUGCCAAUAAUGAUGAAGAAAAUAAUAAUAUCGGCACUGCCAACAGCAACAGCUCGUCCGGUGGACAAGUAAAGGAUGCUGCUUACUAUGAGCGCCGCCGCAAAAAUAAUGCCGCGGCUAAGAAGUCGCGCGAUCGUCGGCGCAUAAAGGAGGAUGAGAUUGCCAUACGCGCUGCCUACUUGGAACGUCAAAACAUUGAAUUGCUCUGCCAAAUCGACGCGCUCAAAGCGCAGCUAGCCGCUUUCACAUCGAAGGCCGUGAGCGCGUGAACGAGUUUUGCUCGGUCGUGACGGGGGAAAAGACAGGCAAGCAGGCAAAAGUAGCGUUCAACGUAGCCGCAAACUUAAUCCAGUUUUUAUUCAUUAAUAAAUCCGCAUUGAGGAGAUCCAAAGUUGUUGUAGAAGUCUGAUUAGUGAAAUGAGUACAAAAGAGGUUUAUAUGUUGUGAUUCUAAGAUAUACGAAUUUUUAGAACUAGUAGUACAAUUGUAAAUAAUAUUGGUAUUUUAUAGAUAAAUUUUAUUUUUUUGUAAUUUAAAAUAAAAAUAAUUUUUUAUAUGGAAAACAACGCGCUAAUUAAUUUGAAAGAAACUUAUUUAUCGAGCUCCUUGCCGUUUGUUGUUGUUAUUAUUGUAGCGGCAGAAUUCUGCCGAGUUGAAAGUCCUUGGCCGGAUAAAAAUCCGUGGCCGUUCCGGUUACGUAGACCCGACUGUCUUGGGAAUGGCGCCUGCCCGAUUCUUUCAUGAUUCUGCUGAUCUACCGCCUUACAAAAUAAUAAUAAUAAAAAUGCAAUAGUUUUAUGAUUGUUUUAUGAUUUUACAUUUUUAAUUUUUUUUUUUAAUUUUUUCUCAAUUUAUUUAAUCACUAAAUUACGCUUAACUUUAUACUUACUUCUUUCAAACAUUUUCUUUUAAUUUAAUUAUUAUUAUUUUCACAUACACAAUUACUAAUUUCCACUUUGUUGUAGUUUUAGUAUUUUUAGCAACACAUUAAAUUUAGCUUACAAAUCUAUAGUUAGUAUUUCUUUCGCUAGCGCCUGUGUGCUCUAUAUAAUUGUGAUCAAAGGAAUUGAAAGAAAAUUAUAAAUAUAAAAUAUAUAUUUUUUAAUUAGUCCAAAUGAAUUACUCAAUUAAAUUGUACAAUUUGCACACAUGAAAGUAGCUUAGUGUGACAUUUUGUGAUUUUGGGCGAAAAUUUUUUACGAAAUUUUUAUUUUUUAUUUUUUUAUAUUUUUUUAAACAAUGCAACAUUUAUCAAUUCGUACUCAAUUUUAAUUUUUAAUUUUUUUUUACUUACUAAUCCUACCUUAAUUCAUUUUUUCAUACAUAUAUAGUUCAUUUUUAAUGUUUCUUAUUUACCGCUAUUUUUCGUAUCGUUUUGUUUAACUUAUUUUUUAUUUUUAAUUAAAUAUUCAAAUUUAUUUUUUAUUUUUCAUUGAUUUUAAUACGCUUUGGAUCACUCUUCUUCUAAAAUCUAAUUUUUAAUAUCAGAAAAUAAUAUUUAUAACAAUAAUACAACAAAUAUCUAUAGUAUGUAUGUGUGGUAAAUAACUUGUUUUAUCAGUAAUUUUUCGUUCAUUUGUUUCACUGUUUCUAAGAGUGUUUAGUUUUUUCUUGUAUUGCUGGCUGGGAGGGCUUUCCCAAUUUUGCUAAUCAGGGAUCAAUAUUUUUUUUUAGUUAAAAAGUGGUCUAUGUAGUUGGUAAUAAUAAAAUAAUAGUAUAAAAAUAAAAAACAUAAAAAUAUGCAAUAAAGAAAAACCUUAAAAAAAAAUAUUAAAAC